AUGACGUCUCGCCAAGACGAGAAUGAGGCCUCGAACACGACGUCGGAGGUGUCACCUGGUGACAACAAUUUCGGCCUCGAUCCGGCUACAGCGGAAGGACUCUACGUCCGUCUAAUCACCACCAACGAUCAGACGUAUGAAGGACUCAUCUAUGCUUACGACACAGACUGGGGGGUCCUGGUGCUGCAGAGCUCUUCAGGAGGCGGCGGGGCGGAAACGUCGAUUCCGGGCUUGACGGAGUCUGCCUCCGCCACAGCUUCGGCAUCUGCGAAUGAUAGCGGCACCUCCACCCCCGGCAGCGCCGCGACGAGUAACAGUCCCAGUCCUACUCCAUCGGUUUCCGCUCCAGGCACGUUCGACUUCCACAUGCUCAAAUUCAGCCUCAUCAAAGACAUCGAGCCUGUAUCUGGAGACGGGAGCGAUGAAUCGGCAAGCAAUUCACGUAUAAAGGGUCAAAAGGUUCCGAACCCACUACCCGCACUGGCCCCUUUCGGUCCGAUCAAUAUGGAUAAGUUAGCUGCUCGGGAAGAGGCCGCGAUCGCUCGGAUUGGCUUUGGAGUCACUCCUGAAGCUCAGACCAUCUUCGACCACCUCUCAAAAACCCUACCGACAAGAUGGCGAAAAACGUCCAUCGUAAUCAUGGACGAGAUCGAAAUCAACUCACCUUAUAACUCUGCCGACUGCAAAGUCGUACAGGGAAAGACAAAUGCCGAAGCCUCUCUGUCUCGCGUGAAAAAGGUGCUUGAAGGAGUUCGUACCCGACUUGGAUUGGAUCACAAUCGGCAAACUCAACCACAUAGUGCUCAAAACCGAAGAUAG